AAAUGCUCUGUACUAAAUUUGGUCACACAGCGCUCCAAGAUUCUCUGGAAUGUCCUCAAGUUUCAAACCGCUCUGACGGUGAGGCAGGCCCACCCCCGCUGGGGGAUUGGCCUCUCCUUCCAGGGCCAGGCAGUCACCGCGUCUUAUUGGCCGCUGGUCUCAGCCAGGUCCACUAGCCCUGGGCGUGGGGAGGCUGCUGCUCCCAGUUACCAGCCCAGCACCUGUGGCACGUCGUCCCGCCGCUGGGGUCUGCGCCCGAGCCCACUGUGCCCCGUCCAGAUCAGCUCGCCCCCCAGACUGCUGCAGCCCCUGCCAGGAUGUCCAAGGUAGCCAAGUACCGCCGGCAGGUGAGUGAGGACCCGGACAUCGACAGCCUGCUGUCCACCCUGUCUCCCGAGGAGAUGGAGGAGCUGGAGAAGGAGCUGGACGUGGUGGACCCCGACGGCAGCAUCCCGGUGGGGCUGCGGCAGAAGAACCAGACGGAGAGGCCGUGCACGGGCGCCUACAGCCGGGAAGCCAUGCUCAACUUCUGCGAAAAGGAGACCAAGAAGCUUAUGCAGAGGGAGCUGUCCGUGGACGAAAGCAAGCAAGUGGAGACCAAGACAGACGCCAAGAACGGAGAGGAAAGGGGCAGAGAUGGCAGCACAAAGGCCCCGGGCCCCAGACAGGACUCAGACCUGGGGAGGAAGCCAAAGAUGGGGGUGUUGAAGAAAAGCUUCUCGAGGGACAAAGAUGACGCCGACGGCAAAGGCACAGAGCAGCCCAAGGGGGAGAAACUCAUCAGAGGCAUUGACAGGGGCCGGGUCCGGGCUGCAGUGGAUAAGACAGAGGCCGGGAGGGACGCGAAGGGGGACACGAAAGGGGACACAAAGGGGGACGCGAAAGGGGACACGAAGGGGGACGCGAAAGGGGACACGAAGGGGGACGUGAAGGGGGACGCGAAAGGGGACACGAAGGGGGACGCGAAAGGGGACACGAAGGGGGAUGCGAAGGCGGACGAGGAGGAGGAGAGAGGUGGCGAUAAGAGCCCGGGUUUGAGCCGAGACGAGGACGAGAAGGGAGGGGACACGAAGGAGGGAGGCAAGACGGGGGCGGACCAGCCGGCGAGCGGACAGGCUAGGGGUGCGGAUGCCGGGAAGGAGGGCGGGGCGGCCGGGAAGGGCGCGUCCCCGGAAAGGGACCCCGGCCCCGAGGGGAGGAGCGCGGCCGCAGAGGGGGGCCCGAGCACGAGCCCGAGCCCGGAGGAGGCGGCGCCCGGCGUGUUCGACGAGGCCCUGGAGCGGGUGCGGAGCAACGACCCCACGAUGACGGAGGUGAACGUCAACAACUCCGACUGCAUCACCACCGAGGUGCUCGUGCGCUUCGCCGAGGCGCUGGAGUUCAACACGGCGGUGAGGGUGUUCGCGCUCGCCAACACGCGUGCCGACGACCACGUGGCCUUCGCCAUCGCCAUCAUGCUCAAGGCCAACCGCACCAUCACCAGCCUCAACCUGGACUCCAACCACAUCACGGGCCGCGGCAUCCUGGCCGUGUUCCGCGCGCUGCUGCAGAACAGCACGCUGACCGAGCUGCGCUUCCACAACCAGCGGCACAUCUGCGGCGGCAAGACGGAGAUGGAGAUGGCGCAGCUGCUGCGGGAGAACAGCACGCUGCUCAAGCUGGGCUACCACUUCGAGCUGGCCGGGCCCCGCAUGGCCGUCACCGGCCUGCUCAGCCGCAACAUGGACAGGCAGCGCCAGAAGCGGCUGCAGGAGCAGCGGCAGGCGCAGGCCGGCGGCGAGAAGGCCGCUCUGCUGGCAGUGCCCAAGGUCGGGGCCCCCGCCAAGGGCUCCCCAAAACCCUCCCCGCAGCCAUCGCCAAAGGCCUCCCCCAAGAACUCGCCCAAGAAAGGGGGAGCUCCGGCUGCUCCCCCCCCACCGCCACCUCCCCUGGCCCCACCGCUCAUCAUGGAGAGCCUGAGGAACUCACUGUCACCAGCCACCCAGAGGAAGAUGGGGGACAAAGUCCUCCCUGCCCAGGAGAAGAACUCGCGCGACCAACUCCUGGCCGCCAUCCGCUCCAGCAACCUGAAGCAGCUCAAGAAGGUGGAAGUGCCCAAGCUGCUGCAGUAGGAACGGGUGCCACCCUCCAUGGCCCCGACGGCCCAGGCCUCGCCUCCCAGGGCUGCACAGACCCCCGCGCCACCACUGCUGACCGCUACGAUGGCCCUGCUGGGCCGUGCUCAAGGAGGGCGGCAUCUCUUCUUGCUUCCCUUUCCUUAUUCCUGAGGCUCUCCGAGCAUUUUUUCUCUACCUGGAGCUGAAGUUUCUGGACAAGAAGAGUCCUCUUAGCCCAUCACCGAGAAGAUGGCAUGCCCGGGGCCCCCGUAGCUCGCAAGCUGCACAGGACGUGUGAUCCAGGGAAGAUGUGCCACAGGGAUGUCACCUGCCCAGCCCCGCUGCCCUCCAGGGCCAGGAUUCAGGCCUCUGAGGAGCCCUUGGGCAAAGCUGUGGGCUGGUAGCCUCUGUGCAGGGCAGUGGCAGACACUGAGAGGCGGGAGGCCAGGGGGCGAGGGAGGAGGGCGCCAAACCCCUCCCGGGCCAGGGCGCCCCUGCACAGGGCUGGCAGGCGUGGGUUCCAGGGGCAGGAGAGCCACAGACAGCAGCUGGACUGGGAGGUUUGAUGCCAAAGCGACAUUUGCCCCACAGCCGCCUGCUGUUGUGUGAACGGCUGUGUCUGUUUCCCAUAGAUGUUGGUAAUAUAUACAAGCCUUGAGCUGUG